CCAUCUCAGCGCGCCCGGCGCAGGGGACGGCGGAGGAGAUGGUGUUCCACGCGUGGUGCCGGGUGCUAUGCGCCGGCCUCUACCCUGGGGCUCCGCGCCGCCUGCAGGGCUGGGGCAGCGCCGCCUUCCCGUCUCGCUCGUCGUCAUCAAGCACUAAUGAUGGGUUUCUAAAAGAAAAACGUGCUCAAAUCAUGUCUCGAGGACUUCCAAAACAAAAGCCAAUAGAAGGAGUUAAGCAGGUACUGGUUUUUGCUUCUGGGAAAGGGGGAGUUGGAAAGUCAACAACAGCAGUAAACAUAGCCCUUGCAUUAGCAGCACAUGAUUCGACAAAAGCAGUUGGUCUGCUUGAUGCAGAUGUAUAUGGCCCUUCAAUUCCAAAGAUGAUGAAUUUGAAAGGAAAUCCAGAAUUAUCACCAAAAAACUUAAUGAGACCCCUUAAGAACUAUGGCAUUGCAUGUAUGUCAAUGGGUUUCUUGGUAGAAGAGACUGCACCAGUUGUGUGGAGAGGACUCAUGGUAAUGUCAGCUAUAGAGAAAUUGUUGAGGCAGGUAGACUGGGGUCAACUGGACUACUUAGUAAUUGACAUGCCGCCUGGAACAGGAGAUGUACAGUUAUCAAUCUCACAAAAUAUUCCCGUUACAGGGGCAGUGAUUGUUUCCACUCCACAAGACAUUGCUUUACUGGAUGCACGCAAAGGAGCUGAGAUGUUUCGAAAAGUCCAUGUGCCUGUUUUGGGGCUUAUCCAAAAUAUGAGUGUUUUCCAGUGCCCAAAAUGUAAACAUGAGACCCAUAUUUUUGGAGCUGAUGGUGUGAGAGAUCUAGCAAAAACCCUUGGACUAGAUGUUUUAGGAGACAUUCCAUUGCAUGUUAAUAUAAGAGAGACCUGUGAUACCGGCCAGCCUAUUGUCAUCUCACAGCCUCAAAGUGACAUGGCCAAAGCCUAUCUAAGGAUAACUACUGAAAUAGUAAAGAGAUUGCCAACUCCUCCAGCAUGACGUGCUCAUCUCGGGUACCUGUGAUCAGAACUUAACAAUAAAGUGACUUGAUGGUGUAAGCAGUGGUGGAACAAGCAGAAAUACAUAAGUUUAUGGAUUAUAUAUUGUAUUUGUAAGAAAAUUGUUUUGAAGUUUAGGAAACAAAGUUUGAAAGUAUUGUUAUUUUUUUAUUUGUCGUGACAUCAUUUGGUUACAUUCAAAGGUAUUGAAGGAUUCAGAAGGAAAAUGCGUGGUACCUGACAUUUAUAUAUGGUCGGCCGCUGCUGAUUUUUAAUAUCCUUGAACAACAAGGACAAAGUGCAUCAUUCAGCAAUGGAGUUUCCCUCAGUUUUAACAUGAAGGUUCAGCCUGUGGAAACUCCAGUCCCAGAAUACAAUGUGCCAUCUUCGUCCAAGCCGAAAGACUCAAAAGUGGACCAUGGCAUGUUGAGGAUUAUAGGCACACAACUGUAUAAAAGAUGAGGGCAUCUGCAAUUUCCCCAAUUUAUGUACAUUUUUAUUCAGACCUUGGUGCUCUUGUUAAAUUGCCAACAUGGCCUUAAAUUGGGCAAAGCAUCAAGGACUUAAUUAGCAAACUGAAAACUAUGUCAUUACCACAUGUUUGUGUACAUUUACACUUAAGCCUCAAAAACAAUAUGAUAGAUCUGCAUAUUCUGAAAUGAUUUUUCCUAAUGGUUCAAGAACAAAUUUCUUCCCUAUUGGAUUAUAUUGUGUUAUGAGGUAAUUUCCUACUUAUGGGAUAAUGGACUAUAUGACCUGUAGGCAAAUUACUUGCCUGCUUUGUGUUAUGUUGAACCCAUGGAAAACUAGAUAACAGCCAGGUCUUCAUUGUAAACCACAUAUCAUAUCUGAGUUCAAUUUGGCAAGGGAAAUAAAUGACAAAAAUAAAUUAAUUUCAUGACUGCAUAUAGGCAUGUGUUCCCAAAUUAAAGUAACAAUGCAGGAUCUGAAUGUAUAAACUAAAGAUGUAACUAAAGAAGCAAACUAAGAUACGAUCUUCAAACUGCAAGACUUCUUUUUGUUUUUUAUUGUCUUGUCCUAUGAUCCUUAUUUUUCUGUUGGUAUAAUUUCUAUGGACGUAAAAAACAUGAUUCUGUGGCACAGGCUUCCAUUUACAAUUAGAAGUUUGAAUUUAUAUUCAGACUAUUUCACACCUUCAAAUAUGUAUCCUUAUGGGAGUUUUGCCAUUGACUUCACUAAGGCCAGGAUUUCACCCUUUGUGUAUACCAUUGUUCCUGUCGCUUUUCUCCUCUUGAAAUAAUAUGACAUAAAAUAGAAUUUGGCAUUCUUUGAGCCUGGGAACACUUAAAACACAUGCACUGAAAGUCAAAUUUAAAACUUUCCUUCAAAUUAUCAGUUGAAUCUCAGACUUUAGUGGAGUUUUGUAAAUAUGAAAAAUAAUGUAUUUUAAGAUGACUGAUUUUUUUUUAACUUAGCUUUCAUUUAUGUACUUGAAAAAAGUGCAGAGAAGUAAAAGUGCACUUCAACUGCUUCAGUAGUCAUGUUAUUUCAAGCUUUUGGAUUGUACCUUUAUUCAAACAUAAGUAUCCAAUCAUUUGCAAUUGUCUAGUGAUAUAUUUUACAAAAAUUAAACACUUAAUGGUG